AUGGCGGGAACGGUGGUGAAAGUCGGACCACGAAGCUCGCCUGACCGCGAGAACCGCUGGAAGGAGGGUGACCGGGUUAUGGCGAUCUUCAACUUGACACACCUGACAGGGCAGAUCACCGACGAGCAUCUGCCGUCCGGACUCGGGCUGCCCCUUCCUGGCGUGUUGGCAGAGUAUAGAUGCUUCCCCGAUGAAGGCUUGGUGAGGGUACCGGAUUACCUCAGUGACGAAGAAGGUUCAACGCUACCGAUUGCUGCCGUCACUGCAUGGAUGGCCCUGAACUGGAUGAGACCGGUCGGAGACAGCAUAAAAGGCAACGAUACGGUGGUACUGCUGCAAGGCACGGGUGGCGUAUCAAUCGCCGGGCUGCAAAUGGCCAAAGCUAGCGGGCUUACGACAAUUGUCACGUCGUCGUCGGCAGAAAAGCUGAAACGAGCGAAAGAGCUUGGAGCCGACCAUCUCAUCAACUAUAAGACGCAUCCUAAUUGGCACGACGAGGUCAUGACCAUCACCAACAACAAGGGCGUCGACAUCAUCCUUGAGCAAGGCGGCCCAGAGACGCUGGCCAAAAGCUUUGCUUGCGUCAAAUGGGGCGGGCUGAUAUCCUGCAUUGGCUACCUCAGCGGCAAGAUCGAUAAAGCCGACAGCGUGGUCAACACCAAUGUGCUUGCGCUUCGAAGGAACGUCACCUUGAAAGGUAUCUGGAACGGACCCAGAGAUCGACUCGAAGAGGCGCUGGAGCUCUACAAGGAGAAAGAGAUUCACCCUGUAGUGGACAAGGUGUUCGGAUUUGACGAAGCGAAGGAAGCCUUUGAGUAUGUCGCGGCUGGAAGUCAUUUCGGCAAGGUCGUGAUCAAGGUGCAAGGGUGA